AAUUCUAAAAGGAUCUCUCCCUUUCUCAAUAUAUAGCUUCUCCAUACGCCGGUUUCCUCCUACAUUGACCUCUCUCUCCCUAUCCCCGUUUCCCCUUAUAUUUAGCUGCUCUGCCGGCCGCUUUCCUUUAACGUAACCCGUCCUCAACUCUCCCUGGUCUGUCUCUCUUUCUCUAUCUCUCUAUCCCGCAAGGGAAAAUCUGAAGACGGUAUUUCUGGUUCACGCCUCUUCCUUCUUCCGUCGAUCCAAAAGGAGAUAGUUCAAAACACUGGGAGCGCUGUCAUGGAAUCCAGAACUCUCUCUGUCUCUUCCUCCUCUUGCCGAGCUUCCAUUUCCCGGCGUUCCGUUUUCUGACUCGCUGUCCACUUGCACGGGCAUUUCCUUUCUCCGACCCUUGUUUGGCAGCGUCAGAACUCCCAGAUUUCUUCCCUUUUACGUCGUUUGCAAGACAUAGAAUUCCCGGAUUCCUACCCAAACAAGGACUCUGCCUUUCUUUCCUGAUCUCUUCAAUCACAAUGGAUUCCAUGGAAAAGAAGUCCCAAGCAAAAUGGAGAACCGGAUCGCAACAACGCAAUUACGCCCGAAAACUGAUGCAGGCGCUCCGCCACGUCCGCCAAAAUACCAUGGCGGCGGCGUCGCCCUCCCGAGCCGUCCGAGAAGCCGCCGACCGCGCUCUCGCGGUUGCGGCAAAAGGCCGCACCAGGUGGAGCCGAGCCAUUCUCUCGAGUCGAGGCGGGCUAAGUGUCGUCAGAAAACCGCGGAAGUUCAGAGCACGCUGCUCGAUCAGAAGCCGAACGCCCAAUAAGCUCAGGGGAGCCGCAACCAGAAAUACGGAACUUAAUGGGCGGGUCCGCAUCCUGGGGAGGUUAGUCCCCGGCUGCCGGAAAAUGUCUUUUCCGACCAUCCUGGAUGAAGCAAGGGAUUACAUUGCCGCGCUUGAGAUGCAGGUGAUGGCCAUGAGAGCCGUCGCCGAGCUGCUUUCCGCGCCGGCAGCGUUACCGAGCGCAGUUAGUGGGUCUGGAUUUUAAGAACUCAGCUGUCCGGUCGCCGCUACUUUUUCUUGUACUCCUUUGUUUUCUCCUUUUCCUUUUUCGUGUUCUUGUAUUUGUUUUCAGUUCAUUUCCUAAAGUGGAAAAAAAGUUUUCCCUAGUCUUCAUUAGGGAAAUUCACCAAAUUUUGCCGGCUCCCUAUCCCUUUUCCAGUUAAAAUGAAAUACAGGCUUUCU